AUGGAGAACAAUCAUCCUCUCCCCUCUGCGCCAAUCACACGUGCCAGGGCGGCUAGUGCCCGGAGUUCUUUCCCCGAUGCUCCGGCGCUUACCCCUUUCCGUGCUGAUAAUCCAUGUGACUCCGCCGACCUCAUCAAGAGACCGCUAACUGCUUUGGAGCAACGCAAGCUACGCCAGCGAGUUCGCUCUCAUUCUCUCCACGACUUCCUUAACAAAGGUCGAAUUCAAUACCCAUUGGCAGGACUUGGGGUCGAAGGAGGAAACCUUCGUCCAGCCGUCAACAUCGACGCGUCCGCUCCUUCGUCUGAUUCCAAGGCACCCUUUGUACGUGGGCACCGUCGCCGCUCCACCCACGUUACUCACCGUGACCUUGAGAAAUUCCGAAAGGAGGUGUUGGGCAUCGAGAAUCGCUUCUGGUACGAAGAAGGAGGAGCCCCUCCAGUCGAGAAUCCCAAUCCUUCAGCCGACCCCCAGCUCGAAGACUUGAACCGUGCUUUCGCGUCCGCGACCAUGUCAUUGAACAACAGUGGAAGUGGCAUGGCUGGCAGUGGCCCUGGCUCGGGCAUGUUUUCUAACUACGCUGACAAUUCCGCCAACUCCCCUAACCUGGCCAAUAUGCCCCGCCAGUCUCUCCCCCCCGCUAUGCCUCACACACCUGCUCAGGUCAAUGGAGGUGGGAUGGCCGGUAUGAACGGUGGCAUGCCCAUGAACGCCGGUCACCAGAUGGAUCUCCACCACGUUUACGAAAUGGUUCUCGAACUCAGCGAGGUCUUGAAGAACAACCGCGAAAUGACUAGUAGCAUUGUCAACAGCGCCGAAGAAAUCAUGAAACGCUCUUCUUCCGAGGGCGCUAGUCCUAAUUUGCAGCAGGUGAAUGGCGAAAUUAGUGCUGCCCGCAUCGCCGAACUCGAGCGCGCUCUCGCAAAGGAAAAACGCACCGUCGAGAUCCUCAAGCAUGAACAGGUCGAGAACACCAAAUUGAUUGGCGAAUACGAACAGGCCGUUGGCACUAUGGUCGAGCAGAUCCGAAACUACUGCCAGAACAAUAACAUGAACUACCUGGCCCAGAAGCGCCACUACAACAACCUUCUUCAAGCUGAACGUGACUCCCACUUGGAAAGCCGUCUCGAUCGUGACUACUGGCAUGCCCAGACCAUGAAGUGCGCCGAGAUGAUCCGCACUGCCUACCGUCUUCGCUGUGAGGAAGAAGAGGUCCCUAUCCGUGUUGUCGCCGGUCUCCAAAACGAAGUCCGCGCUUAUCGCUUCGCUCUUGGCAUGGAGGCGGAGAAGCCAGAGGAAGAGUACGGCUGGGAGAUCUUGAAAGAUGUUCCCCCUAGCGUCGACUAA